UUCAGAUUCUUAUAUUUUUUGUUUGUUACUCGUAUUUACAUGGUGCAUGGUGCAUGCUUUUCGCGGAUGAGUGCUUAUCGACGAUACACGUGAGGGACUAAACGAGAAGUUGGAACAAUGGCGCCUUGCCCUUGAGACUAAAGGGUUCAGAAUAAGUAGGAACAAGACUGAAUACUGGAGUGUCGUUUCAGCGGCAGAGAAACAGAAUCAGAGGUGGAAGUUAGGAUUGACUCUCACCUAGUACCUAAGGUAGACAGGUUUCGAUAUCUUGGAUCGGUAAUCCAGGCUAAUGGGGAGUUAGACGAGGAUGUUGGACAUCGUGUUGGAGUGGCUUGGGCCAAAUGGCGGUUGGCUUCAGGGGUAUUGUGUGACCCGAAGAUUUCGCCCAGGAUGAAAGGCAAGUUCUACCGAUCCGUAGUCAGACCUGCUAUGUUAUAUGGGGCAGAGUGUUGGGCGGUUAAGAAGACUCAUGUGCGUCGUCUGCAUGCAGCGGAGAUGCGAAUGUUACGAUGGAUGUGUGGGAAGACAAGGUUGGAUAGGAUUUCGAACGAAGUUAUUCGACGUCAGGUAGGCAUGGCGCCGGUGGAAGAUAAAUUGCGGGAAGCGAGGUUGAGAUGGUUUGGUCAUGUGAGACGGCGGGAUGCUGACGCCCCUGUACGGAGAUGCGAGCGGAUUACGGUUUUCGGGGGAAGUAGGGGAAGGGGUAGACCUAAGAAGAAUUGGAAGGAAAUGAUUAGACAGGAUUUAGGACUUCUCACCCUGACUGAGGAUAUGACUUUAGAUAGGAACCUUUGGAGAACUAGGAUUAGAGUAGCUGGUUAGGAACUCGGUGCUAUAGAGGUUUUUUGUAGUGUGUUGUGUUUGAUUGGAAUCUUCUAUUAAUGCUUGUAGAACUUUCUUUUCAUUGUACUUGGUGUUUUAUCCAUGCUAUACUGUAUACCCUAUCAUU